AUGUCAGGCUCGACGGUACAAGGCGAAUCCUCGUCCUCGAGCGGCUCCACUGCGCCAUCGUCCCCGGUCGCAUCCUCGGUAUCAUCGAUCAACACCGAUGUGACUCACCUCGACCAAGCAUCUGCCACUUCCGCCGACGUACCUCCCUCACCAUCCAAGGAGGACGUGGCGCUUCCCGUCGAAGAGAGGCAAGCAAAGGCGAAAUCGUUCAAGGAUGAGGGCAACAAGCUCUUCAUCGCCGGCCAGUACGACGCAGCCAAACACCAGUACGGCCUCGCCAUCGCCCUCGACCCUUCCGUCCCCGCCUUUUACAGCAACCGCGCAGCGUGCGAGCUCAAGCUCGAGCAGCACGGCUUGGCGAUAGAAGACGCUACCAAAGCCAUCGAGCUCGACUCCAAGUUCUCCAAAGCCUAUUUCCGCAGAGCCAGCGCUCAUCUCAGUAUCCUCGACCCCAAAAAGGCCCUCCCCGAUCUUCGCAUCGUCUCUCAGCUCGAACCCAAAAACGCAUCGGUCAAGGCCCAGCUCGAAGCCACCGUCAAACUCAUCCGUCGACUUGAGUUCGAGAAGGCUAUCAAAGUCUCGGAAGGUGUCAAGGCUGCAGAGACCGUCGAGUCCAACUUGAAGGAAGGCUCGGGAGGCACAGUCGUACCCGACUCGUACGCCGGACCACGCAUCGCCCAAGGCGACGAUGCCGAUACUGCGCAUCUCGGCAAGAUCGAUCAGAAGUUCAUCGACGAUAUGGUACAGCACUUCAAGGACGGAGGCAAGCUGCACAAUCGAUACUCGUGGCAGAUCAUCCUCGGCGCGUUCCGGGCCAUGCAACAAGAGCCGACGCUGGUCGACUACAAGGUACCCGAGGGUACCACCAUCGAUGUCAUCGGCGACACUCACGGUCAGUUCUUCGACUUUGUCCACCUACUCAACAAGACCGGCGCACCAAGCGAAAACCAUGCACUCCUCUUCAACGGCGACUUUGUCGACCGAGGGUCUUGGUCAGUCGAGAUCGCGCUCACCGUGUUCGCCUACAAGUGGCUGUACCCCAAGACCACGCUGAUCAACCGUGGCAACCACGAGACGUCCGAGAUGAACAAGGUGUACGGCUUCGAGGGCGAGGUCAAGGCCAAGUUUGGCGGCGAUCUCACCUUCAAGUUGUUCACCCAGGUGUUUGUCGCGCUUCCACUCGCCACGCUCAUCACAGCCAGCAGGCCGCCUCUCAAGGGCAGCGAGUUGCCCGAUUCCUUCUCGAUCGCACAGCGAGAGCCCAUAGUCGCACAAGAGACCGGCUUGAAGCGCUUUUUUGUCGUUCACGGCGGCCUGUUCUCCAAGGACGGCGUCACGCUCGACGACAUUCGCGCCAUCGACCGAUUCAAGAUCGGUCAGCCAGGUCAAGCCGGUCUCAUGAUGGAAUUGCUGUGGAGCGAUCCUCAGACCGCACCGGGACGCGGUCCUUCGAAGCGAGGUGUGGGUCUCGGAUUCGGACCGGACAUCACCAAGGCGUGGUGCCAGCUCAACGGCGUCACCGCUGUGUUGCGAAGUCACGAGGUGCGCAUGGGAGGCUACGAGGAGGAGCACGAGGGUCGAUGCUGCACCAUCUUCUCGGCGCCCAACUACUGCGACUCGACGGGCAACCUGGGCGCAUUUGCACGUAUCGACGAUCAGGGUAGCAUCGGCUGGACCGUGUUCGAAGCGCAACCGCAUCCCAACAUCAAGCCCAUGGCGUACGUUGGCAACGCCAUGAACGGUAUGCUCGGCGGAUGA